AUGUUCUACUUGCACACCAAAGACUCGUUUCUUGUCGGUGGUCAGCUUGGUCAGGCCUUGUGUAAGCUUAUCCCUUUCUUUGGAGACGUUUCUUUUGUCGUUUCGAUUCAGAGUCUGAUUCUGAUAGCAGUGGAUCGAUUUGGAGCCGUGGUGUUUCCACUCCGUUCACCACUCAUCAGAUCCAAGCUAUGUCCCUUCUUCAUUCUCGCCACGUGGAUAGUUGCCGUAGCUGUCCGAAUUCGCCAUUCUUUUUCGCCAACGAGCUCGUUGAAUCCCCAGAGCGAAACUGGUGUGUUACGAAAUGGAAGAAAGUAUUCGGAGAUUCAUCGUCCUAUGCCAGUUUCCAACUAGCUUACUACAUUCUGUUUUUAUACAUCCCUGUCCUGUUGUUAGCCAUUCUUUAGUCCAUCAUCUUUAUCAAGCUCAAGACACAGGUACACCCAGGUGAGCAGUCCGCGAACACUCAGCAACAGCGGAACAAAAGAAGCAGAAACGUGCUUCAAAUGUCCAUUGCUAUCGUAACAAUGUUUGUGCUUUGCUGGUUACCUUUCACUACUAACAUUUUAAUCAUAAUAGUGUAUAAGGACAGUGCAACGUAUUUCUCCUGUAGUUUCUGGAUAUAUUUUCAUGUAACCUACUUUACGGCUCACGCUUACUGUGCUAUCAACCCGAUUAUCUGCUUUAUUUUUAGUAGUAAUUAUCGACAAGGUGCUAAAAGACUCAUAAAAUGUUCUUUUGUACGGGCGUAAGUCGCAAAAAUGUGCUUUUGAUAUGCAUGUAUAUGUCAAGAGUUAGAGGUUCAAGGAACAUUUGCCAAUAAAAGCUAUCACGACUGUUAAUUUACUUUGAAAGUAAAAUGUGUUCCAGUUUAUGCUCCCCUGCCUCAGCCCUGCCAUGACUGCAAAGAGUGGCAGCAUAGGCGACGUAUUGUAAGAGUUUUGGUGGUAAAUAACAGUGCCAGAUCCAGACCUUGAGAUAAGGGGAGGGGCUCCAGGUCAUCCAGACCCUUAGAUAGGGGGGCGGUCUCCAAAAAAAUUUUUUUCGGCCCUUCGGGUUUCGGUUUGGUCUAAAAAUAAUGGGAGGCCCGGGCCCCCCGGGCCCCUCCCCUGGAUCCGCCACUGAAUAAAACUCAGGGAUUGACCAUGCACCGUCUCAGCAGCAGAGCUGUUCAUUCGCUCGCCGCUUGAUCACUUGGCGUCACUCAACAAAUUAGGAGAUUCUGCUCGCAGGGUGAGAUGGAUCAUUAGAAACGUUAUGGGGGUGGGGGUGAGUGAACUACAAAAUAAAUAUUCAUGCAAGGGGGAAAUAAACUGAAAAAUAAAAAGAAAUAUUAACGAAAACAGUUUAAAGUUUCUACUCAUAUAUAUGAUCUCCAAAUGUCUUUUAACUGAUCGAUUUCUAAAUACAACCAAAAUGGCUUUACAAUGUGCAUUAAUCUGCUCAGCUUGAAAGCUGAGCUUUAAUCUGCUUCAGCUUCAUUAAUCUGCUCAGCUUCCUACUACUCACUUUUCUGGUGGAUAGCGCUAUCCACCGGAAAAAUAUGUAGUAUAGCAGGGGCGGCGGUUUCUUUUUUCUUUUUUCCGCCCCGUCAACAGUUCGCGUGCCUUUCCCCAAUAUCUGAGAGACUGCAGGUACAGUUCAGUUUAACCAAGUAAAGAAUUAGGAAUGGUCACGGCUGGAAAAACGAAUUAGUGCCGCGUAACAGCGACAGAACUGAUGUAAUUGCAGGUGUUGCAUCGAGGACGUUGACACGCGCGGGAACAAGGCUGCUCAAAAGACGCGUCAUCUGUGGAACGGACCAACUGACGUCGCGCUUGUAAGCCACAAAAGGUGGUUGCAUGAGGAAGGACACAUCGAGUUUGCUCAUCCGUUGAUCAUAAUAGGGUGCGAAAGUUCUGUAGUAGAAAUAGUUUGACCUUGAUGUUAAACCGGCGUCUAUCAACGUUAUAUCACGCUUUUAGGACCGGUUACAACUAACAACACUUGCAUUUGUUAAUGGAAAGAAUAAUGGCUUUACAAUAAUUGACAAGAAAACGCAUUUUAGUAUAUUUAAUCGAUUUAAUUUUUUGUCUAGUUUUUGCCAGGGGGAAAACUUUGUCGGCGGCGCCUUUGAAGAUUGUCCCGUCUCAGACAAAAUUAAAAAAAAUACGCGACAAAUCAUCCGCAUCAUUUAUUAGGCGUUGAUGAUGACAGGAUAUUCCGCUAUUCAUAAGCUCUCUUUACAUUUUCGCCGAAAGCAUAUUAGUUUUGAAAAGUAGGUUGUUACAUAAAUGACAAUAAACUCAGUCCUUUCUCUUUUAAAUGACUCCCGUCCUUAAACGCCCCUCUUGGAACCCUACAAUGAGUAAUCGCUCUGGGCGUCUCCGAGAUCAUUUACGGCAUUUUAAAGAGGGUGGGUUUUCUGGUCACAACGUUAUCGAAAGAGAAAACUGUAGCCAUCAAGUACUGAAGUUUGUAACGAUUAAAACUGAGCAGCCAAAGGAGCUUAAACAAGCCCUUGUCAGAAGAACUUGCUAGUUUCUCUUUGCCGACAGCAGACGUUUGGUUUUCCCAUUUUUAGCUUGAUCGAGAAGUAAAUGUUAUAUUGAGAACUUCAUGUGUUAUUCACACUUGAUGAUAAAUGUCAAAUGUUUUAGGAAACAGACGUUUCGGGUAUAUAACUCUUCUUCAGUAUCAAGAGAACCGUUAUUAUUACGCCUCCUGGCAAUUGUCAUAGACAUAAAAAUCAGGAGCGAGCGCGUGUAAAUAAUAGCGAGCGCAGCUGAAAUUGAUAUUUAGAUCUUUAGGUUUGAACGGUUCCUAGCUGCAAGAAAACCCUCAUUUCACGCUGCUUCGGUUGGAUGUCGGUUCCACUGCAUAGAGCCAUCCCCACACCACACAACUGGAAAUCGGAAAUACUGUGGCCCGUGGAGUUGAAAUGUUGCGCCACAGGAAGCUCAGGAGUGUUGUUGCGCGUGCGUAUACUUCGCAAACGUUCGCCAAAACGACUCCUGAGGUUUCGUUCAGUUUCACCAAUGUAAAGAACUGGGCAUCGGCGGCAGGAUAUGCAGUAAACAAUAUUCCCUGAUUGGCUAGAAUGUGAAAGUUCUGUAGUAGAAAUCCUUUGACUUUGGUGCUAAACGAGUGGCAUGCGAGAUCAAGACGCACCCUAUCAACGGUUGCGAAACUCUUUUCGGAUGGGUGCAGCACAUCAUCGCGGUUAAUAGUUUCAUUGAUAUGAGUUAGGCGGGUGGGUUUUCUGGUCAUUGUUAAGAAAAAAAUGCCCCAACAUUAUCGAGAGAAAUAAUUGUAGCCAACAAGUACUGAAGUUUGUAACAAUUAGAAGCAACAGCAAGACUGAAAAAACACACCUUGUUUUAGAACUUCCUAUUUUAAGUUCGAUCGAGAAGUAAAUGAUAUAAGACCGCAUAUUUUAUGCAGACGUGAUAACAUUCAUUUACAGUGGCGGCCUUUCAAGACUUCCCAGUCUCAGACAAAAUUUUUAGAAAAGCGCGACGAACCAUCCGAAUCAUUUGUUUGGCGUCGAUGAUGACAGAAAAUUUGUCUCAAUUAAUAACCAACUUUUUCGCUAAUGAAAAAAUACGGCCCUAUCUUUUUAAUCGAUUUGUUACUACUCUGGUUGGCUUAAAGUGAGUUGAUGACUAACACCAUUAUACAAAUACACUUCUAGCAGCUGUGCUGAGGCUUUGCUGGGGACUUACAAUUGCCAAUAAAAGUUCUGAAUCAAACAGGAUACGCAAUAUAGAGAGCAGUAAUUCAAAGUUGUUUGACUGCAUACGUACAAUUCCACAGAUACGUCGCAAACCUAAGCAUGAACUUAACGGUGAACGGAUCCAGCGGGUCUUGGAACUGCUUAAAUUUUUCUGGGUUGAAAAUCGGAGGAACCGUUGCCUUUUGUCUGAUCAUCAUCGUUUCACUGGUCGCAAAUUCUCUCAUUGUUAUCAUCGUUUAUAAAACGCCGAAAUUAAGAAAGCCGAUAAAUUAUUUCAUCGCAAACAUGGCCUUGUCUGAUCUGAUGUUUUCAAUAUUCUGGAUACCUUGGAGCCUGUCAGACUUCCACACCAAUUACUUAUUUCUUAUCGGUGGUCAGCUUGGUCAGGCCUUGUGUAAGCUUGUCCCUUUCUUUCGUGACGUUUCCUCUAUCGUUUCGAUUCAGAAUCUGAUUCUGAUAGCAGUGGAUCGAUUUGGAGCCGUGGUAUUUCCACUCCGUUCACCACUCAUCAGAUCCAAGCUGUGUCCCUUCUUCAUUCUCGCCACGUGGAUAGUUCCCGUAGCUGUCAAUUCGCCAUUCUUGUUCGCCAACGAGCUCGUUGAAUCCCCAGAGCGAAACUGGUGUGUUAAGAAAUGGAAGAAAGCAUUCGGAGAGUCAUCGUCCCGUGCCAAUUUCGUACUAGCUCUCUACAUUCUGUUUAUUUACUUACCUGUGCUGUUGCUAGUCAUUCUUUACUCCAUCAUUGUUAUCAAGGUCAAGACACAGGCACAUCCAGGUGAACAGUCCGCCAACAGUCAGCAACACCGGGACAGGAAAAACCGAAACGUGCUUCAAAUGUCCAUUGCUAUCCUAACAGUGUUUGGGAUUUGCUGGUUACCUGUCUCUAUCAACUUUUUAAUCAUACUGUAUCAGGACACUCUCACGCAUUUAUCGUGUAGUUUCCGGAUAUACGAUGAAGUCACCAUUUAUAUGGCUACCGCGUACUGUGCUAUCAACCCAGUUAUCUGUUUCAUGUUUAGCAGUAAUUACCGAAAAGCUCUUAAAAGACUCAUAAAAUGUUCUUUUGUACAGGCGUAG